AUGUCCAUCGAAGCGAUUGGCGCUCCGGCGCCUCCCGUGGCCAUGGACGUCGAGCUGCCGGCCGACAGCGUCAACCCCAAACCGGCCGCCGCCCUGCAUUCGCCGCCAGAUAGCAACGAUGCCGUGGACGCCGACGGCAGCGAUUCGGAACUAAGCGACCUCGACGAAGUCGCCGGCAAGCUAGACGGCGCCCUCGAGGACGAGUUUCAAGCGGAAAUCAAGGCCGAGCUCAAGGCCGAGCCUAAAACCGACGUGGGGGAUGCGCCGAUAGAAGAAGAAGAACCCAAGGUUGAGCCGGAGGAUGGGCCGGAGCCGCCGGUUGUGGAGGAUAUCGGGGAGAUUCUCCCUGACCACUGGUCUGGCACUGUGCCUGUCUUCAAACCGACUAUGAAGCAGUUCCAGGACUUCAAACGCUUCAUGGAGAAGGUCGACAAAUAUGGCAUGAAAUCCGGUAUUAUCAAGAUCAUUGCGCCGCAAGAGUGGAAGGAGUCGCUCCCGCCUAUCGACAACUUGAUCAAGCAGAUCCGAGUGCGCGAACCGAUCAAGCAAGAGAUUAUGGGAUCCACAGGAACCUACCGGCAGGUCAACGUCCUGCAUCAGCGCUCCUACAACCUUCCGCAGUGGCGACAGCUCUGCGACCAAAGCGAGCACCAACCGCCCGCUAGACGUGGAGAGCGCCGGGCCAAUGCCGAUCGUAGGGCCGCGACUAGAACUCGCGGCGCUGCCGCUGCGAAUCCCAGCCCGGCGAAGAAACGGGGGCGAGGAGGACGAGCGACGCGGAGGUCGACGCGGGGCGCAAAGGAGGACCCCGAGGAAGACGAGGACCGGCCGAUGACGCCCGUAUCGCCGGCGCCCGAAAAGGAGGAGGUUGUGAAGUCGGUCGAGGAGGAGAGGGAGGACAGCGACGAGGAUGGGCCGCCGAUUGUCCGGCGGAUGGGGUCUGUGAGGCAAUCCAAACAGGCCAAGACGCAGUCCGUGUCGGCGCGGCGGAAGUACAUCCGUCGCGAGGGUUCGGCGAUGAUUGAUGAAGCCGCUUUUAGGGACUGGGACUAUCACAUGGACAUCUCCGAAUUCACGCCAGAACGGUGCGAGGAGCUGGAGAAGACGUACUGGAAGACGUUGACCUACGCUCCGCCGCUGUAUGGGGCUGAUCUUCCCGGCACGUUGUUCGAUGACUCUGUCGAUCAGUGGAAUCUGAACAACCUACCCAACCUUCUCGAUGUGCUCGGCACUAAGGUUCCCGGUGUCAACACGGCGUACCUGUAUCUCGGCAUGUGGAAAGCGACAUUUGCGUGGCAUCUAGAGGAUGUUGAUCUCUACAGUAUCAAUUACCUGCACUUCGGAGCGCCGAAACAGUGGUACAGCAUUUCCCAGGCUGAUGCCCGGCGGUUCGAGGCUGCGAUGAAGAACAUCUGGCCGACGGAAGCGAAGGCGUGCGAUCAGUUCCUCCGACACAAGGGGUUCCUCAUUUCCCCAUCUCACCUGAAGCAGAACUACAACAUCACGGUCAACAAGUGUGUCUCCUACCCCGGCGAGUUCGUCGUCACCUACCCUUACGGCUACCACUCCGGAUACAACCUCGGAUACAACUGCGCCGAGGCUGUCAACUUUGCGCUGGACAGCUGGCUCCCGAUGGGCAAGAUCGCCAAGAAGUGCCAGUGCGCCCAGGCUCAGGACAGUGUGUGGGUUGACGUGUACGAGAUCGAGCGGAAGCUCCGUGGGGAAGAGACGGAGUAUGAGGAGACGGACGAGGAAGACGAGGACGAGGAUGACGACGACCUAGAUACGGGUCUUCCGAGUCCCCCCUCGAGUCACACCGUUCGCGUCAAAGCCCCCGGCCGGAAACGCAAGCGGGGCGCCAACGACAAAGAGCCGCGCACCAAGACCAAAAAGGUCCGCGUCCGGCUCAAGGCGCACGCCGAGCCACCGUGCUGUCUCUGCCCGAGCGAUAUCCCGGGGGCCGAGAUCAUGCCGACCGACGACGGCCGCAAGGCCCAUCGCAUGUGUGCGCUGUACCUGCCCGAGACAUACAUCGAGACGGUGGACGGGCAGGAGAUCAUCGCAAAUGCCGGUGCGAUCGACAAGGCGCGGCUGGAGCUCAAGUGCCUGUACUGCCGAUCCAAACGCGGCGCGUGCUUCCAGUGCUCCCAGAAGAAAUGCCCGAGAGCCUACCAUGCCACGUGCGCGGCGGCUGCGGGGGUGUUUGUGGAAGAAGCGGAAGUGCCCGUGUUUGGGGAAGAUGGGACCGAGUAUAAGGAGCAGGCAUUUGAAUUCAGCUGCCGUUUCCAUCGGACGAAGAGAGAUAGGAAGGCGGAUGGCGAUGUCCUGUCGGAGAGCCCUGUGGUCCGGGCGGCUGCGAAGGCGCUCAAGAAGAAUGAUGUGUGCCAGUUGCAUGACCGCGUCGAAGUCGAAUGGAAAUGGCUGCUGCUGCCGGACCCUGCGGACUUCCGUCUGCCUAAGGCGUCGCCCAAUGCCAUCCCGAUGCCGACAUCCAGAAAGGCGCAGAGGGAGAUCAACGCGAAACGGUCGGCCGACGAGGCACCCCGGAAGGACGACGAAUUCGGGCCUGGAUUUACCUGGGCCGAGUUCCACGGCGGGGAGGUCAUCAAGAACAGGGCACAGGUCAAGAUCGACCUGGCGCGCGCGGACCAGAUCUGGCAUUACCUUGGCAACACGUCCACGGAGGCUAAGGCCCAAUACACGGACGAUCCGUCAAAGCCAUGGCAUAAUCCCAAGGGCAACUUCCUGGACACCAUACCGAAACCGCCGCCCCCUGCGCGGGUUGCUUCGGUCGCUCAGGCCAGGCCGCUAGUUCCCGGCGGGCAUCUAGGCUACACUGCUGCGUUCACUGGGCUCCCGCAGGCUGGUGUGUCGGCUGCCAAGAAAAAGGAGAAGCCGUAUGUUUACAAGCCUAGGAAGCCGGUUGCCCUGGCCCCUGGUCAAACUCCGGCCCCGUUCACCUCGCACACGUUUGCUGUCAACUCGCCUUCACCUUCGCCUUCCCCGGCACCGGGACCGGCCUUUCAGCAGUUCCAGGCGCAGCCUAUGGCGGCGCGGCCACCAGCGCAACAGCCGACGUUUCAUCAGCAUGUGUUUCCCCAGCAUCCUCAGCAGCAGCAGUUCAUGCCACCACCGCCGCCGCAUAUGCAUCAUCAUCAACAUCAAUAUCAUCAGCCGCAGCAGCAGCAGCAGCAGGAGCAGGCGCCGUUACGACAGGCCCCGCAACAUCAGCACACUUUCCAAGUGCAGCCGUACCCGCUCCCUGGCCCGGACGUCCCGCGCAAGGGCGCUUCGGCACCGUACUCGUCGGAUCGGUUCGCUCCCGUCGGAGGUAGUAAUGGAUUCCCGAAGCUUCCUGGAUUAUCCUGGCCCCCCGCUCACAUGACAUCAGGACCAUCCCACUCUCCGCAGUGGCCUGUGUCCAUGACGGGCGCGGCUGCUCCGAUGACGGCGUCGGCACUCCCUUCCCCUGGUGGCAACGGCCACACGCAACCGCACGCCGGGGGCGUAUCAGAGGUAUGUUUUCCCGAGGUCAACCAAGAUAAACUUUACUUUUUCAUUUUCAUGGUAAUACUAACGCGCCACAGGGACUCGGGGCAUCGUCCGUCUAAUGCAUGGAACGCUUACCCCAACGCGCAGGACGGAAACUUCAAACAGUUCAUGGCUAAAGCCCAGAAAGCGCUGUCUGGAGGUAACAGCAAAGGUUCAGCGAAACAGGCUGCCGCAUCGAAUCUGCAGCCCGCCAGACCACGCCCCGAGUACCCCCAAACCUCCUCUGCGUACCCACAACUACUCCCGCGGCCGCCUCCCACUUCGCAGUCACCAUCCCCUUACCCUCCCAUGGCCUCGGGCAGCCCGGCACCGAUGUAUCACCAUGGUUAUCUGGCGCAGCAUAACGGCCCGCAGCCUAUACCGGUGUCACCGCACCCGCCGAGUCAAACACAAUACGGAGCACCCCAGUUCUACCCUCAACCACAUAUGGCUCAACCUAGCCAGCACACUUUCCAAGUCUCACCUCAACCACCGCAACCACCCCAGCCACAGGCCACAUCACAGCCUGCGCCAGCCACGGCACCGGCAAAGGCGGUAUUCACAAAACAGAGCCACAGUCCGAUCCCACUGCCUCCAUAUGUUCGACAGAUGGCUGCUGCUUCGACCCCGACCAGCUCUCCGAAGACCCCGACCCCAAGCUCGGCCGCAGCGCCCGCAGCGCCGUCCCCAGGAGCAUCCGUGCGAAUUAAGGAAUCGCCUGCGAUAUCAUCCCCGGGAGCGCCCGCGCGUGUUAAAGAGACGCCAGUGCCGAUUCCCAUUCCUGGGUUGCCGAUGCAAGGCGCGCAAGGUGCGCCAGCGGCUAAUGCUGGGUUGGUUGCGAGGGAGGAUAAUAAUACCAACGGCAACGCCAAUACCAACGAUAGCUCAGCACUAGUGGAGAAGAUGAUGGUCAACCUGCGGAGGGCGAGUUUGAGUUUUGCUAGGGGUGACUUAGGUGCGCAAAACCUGGUUGAGGAACAGGCACAAGCGCAGACAUCAUCGCAACAGAAAUCACCACAGCAACAACCACCGGCGCUGGGGCAGCACCAGGGGCAGGGGCAGGAGCAGGCCCAGCAACAUAAGCAAGAGGGAAAAGAGGUGGGAAACCAAGGCUAG